GCUCAUUUAGAGCGCAAAGAAGCGGAGCUGAGGACAGCUAAGGAGAUACAGGCAAACCUAAUGCGUCGCAUGGAAGCACUUCAGAGUCGAAUCAUUGUUGGUGGAGAGAACUUGUUAGAGAAGGCAGAAGCACAAGAAAAAUUACUCGAAUUAUCCGCGGCAGAACUACAACGGCAGCAAAAAAGAGCAGAACAAUUGCACCAAAGACUAAAAGAGAAGGAAGAAGAAAGGAUCAAUAUCGAGGAAAAAUACAACAAUUUGCAGGAUGAGGCCGCAGGGAAACGACGUAAGCUGCGCAAGCUGGGCACGAUGUAUUUGCAAGCGAAAGCCGAGCUGGAAGACGUGCGAAGUGAACACAGUCGAGAGAUGGAAGGACUAUUGGACAAUAUUAACCAGCUGGAGCGCGAGCUGGCCUUGUACACCUUGGUCAUAGACCACUUCAUCCCGGCGCCGUAUCAGGAACUUAUCAAACAAAAUGUACAAUGGAGAGAGGAUAUCGGUGAAUGGCAAUUGAACUGCGUGGCUUACACGGGAAACAAUAUGCGAAAGCCGGAGAAGGACCGUGCAGAUUCGCCUAUCAAUCUUGGCCACGUGUAUUUAACCUACGGUGGGGAUUCGCAGAGGACAACUCUAGCUGACCAAUCUGCGCGUAGAACAUCGGGCAAGACCAACAGAAGCUGCACUUCGGCAAAAAGCACCAAAAUGCGCAACGAUUUGCGAUGAACUCGAAGGUUAUAGCCACAGUGCGUGUACGAAGGAAGAACAAUGGAUGGGGCAAAACCUUGUAUGUCCGAAGAUACCGUGGUUCCAAGUUAAUCAGCACCAAGAGUGAAAUGUAAAUGUAUAAAAAUGCAAAUAUGUAUAAAUGUGUUAAAAUACAAACCUAGCUUGCGGUUA